AUGACAUUCAGCGAGAACAUGAUCUUCAUGCACAAUUGCACAGAUAGGACACCAGAGGCCUUGUGCAUGCAAGUGCUCAUGCUCAAGAUCCUGUACCUCCUGUUCAUGAUGAAAGGCGUGGCAGAGUAUUUUUACACGAAUGACCUGUGCGUGCUCGUCGACGUCUUCCUCCGCGAGAUCGGCAACAUCAAUGAGGACAACGAGUCGAUACGUCUUCCCACAUCCUGGUGGUUACCUCCGCGUGCUGCACUCGCUGCUCACGAAGAUGCAGCUGCGCACGAUACCAUAGAAGCUCACGCAGAUCGUGCGCUCGCUCAAGGGACGGUCCCUCAACAUCACAUUACGGCGGAAAGGGAGGAUAUAAAGGCGAGAAAGUAUUCCCAGACUGCAGAUCCUCCAUUCCCGUCGAUAAUCGGCUGA